CUCAUUCAAGUCAUACAGAUUUCAACAAUUUCCCUUCAGUACAGUAGGGGGCAGUAUAUGCAACUCAAACGCUUGCAGCGAAGAGCUUCCGUUGCUGGUGUAUAAGUCCCGCCUCACGAACGUGCACGGAUUGUGUUUGAAUUUUCACUUUUCACUUUUCGUAUCCUUUGACUAUCUUCUAGUGUUUUAUUUUACACACGUUUCUAUCUUUUCAGUUUAUAGUUACUUAACGUUACAGCAGUACUUUUAAACAUAUCAAUCGAAGAAAGAAGAAAUACACCAUUGCUUCACGACGAAACACAGGAUGAAGCCAAGUCGGAGAAUCUAUUUACAGUCCUGGAGAGCUACCAGACGCACUCUCCAAAACCUCCAUGCAAGCCAGGCAGAAAAUGCACGUGCAAGCCAGACAGAGAAUCUCACUCACCAAAACCCUGAGAGCCUCAAUAGAGACGCAUUCAUGGCAUGUGAUGAGAGAGAUGGAGAUGGAAUUGUAAUGGACGACGUGUCAGAUUUGAAGAGAGAUAAAAGCGUGAAUGAAGACAAUUUGUUUGAAGACGGUGUGCAUGAGUCAUGUGAUGGGCACAAAAGUGGUAUGGAGUCACCCUGCAGUGACUCAGUAAGCAGUGACUCAGACCUCGACAACCACUCUGAUGGCACAUUGUUUGAAGCCCUUGCAGCUUGGACCAGUGAGUUCCAGGUGAAGCACAAUGCUGUGGAUCGCUUACUGAAAUUGCUGCAAAGCCAUGGUCAUCCACAACUGCCAUCCACUGCCCGUACACUUCUGAAAACACCUAGAGAAGUGAAAACUGUGGAGAAGUCUGGCAUGGUGAGUCUACACUACCAAUUGAAGGAGAAACUAGUUGAGACCCUGGAUCGUUACCCAGUUCAGCUUGUGAGUGAUCUUGAGACUCUGGAGCUGUCCUUUAAUGUAGAUGGACUGCCUCUCUUCAAAAGUUCUGGGAAGUCUAUGUGGCCAGUCCUCUGUGCUGUAAUGCUUAGUCCAGUAACUAUUUUUCCCACUACACUGACUUGUGGGUUGAAGAAGCCAACUGACCUUGGCUUCUUGGAGGACACAGUGAAGGACCUAGCUGAGAUCUUAACAAAUGGCCUGGACUACAGAGGGAGGAACAUUAAAGUGACGGUUAGGUGCUUUGUGUGUGACGCCCCAGCCAGAGCAAUGAUUAAGAACACCAAAUGUUACUCGGGGUACUAUGGAUGUGAGCGAUGCACACAACAAGGAUUAUGGUUAAAUCGAGUCACAUACCCGGAGACAUCUGAUUUAGAGCUGCGUACUGAUGCAUCAUUCAGAGCUCAAACACAGCCUGAGCACCACCAUGGCAACACACCACUGUCUGACCUUCCAAUUGACAUGGUUCAGAGUUUCCCCAUUGACUAUAUGCACCAGGUCUGCCUUGGCGUCACAAAGAAGCUGCUCUAUAUUUGGUGCAGAGGCGAAAAGGGGAUGCGGAUAUCUGCCAGCCAGGUUCAGGAGUUGAGCAGCAGGCUGCUAAUGCUGAAGUCAUCAAUCCCCUCGACUUUUGCACGCAGUCCUCGAGGUCUGGAUGAGCUUGAACGAUGGAAGGCAACUGAGUUUCGCCAGUUUCUGCUAUACACAGGGAAACUGGUGCUGAAAGGUGUCUUAAGAGAGGACCUUUACAACCACUUCCUGACAUUGAGUGUUGCUGUUGGGUUGCUGGUGUGUCCAACACUGGUGCAGCAGUACCAUGACUAUGCUCACCAACUACUACAAUACUUUGUAGAGAAAGGCUGUGAACUGUACGGGCACACCUUCCUGGUCUACAACAUACACACCAUGCUGCACCUGUCAACAGAUGCAGUUUGCUUCAAAGGCCUGGACAACUGCAGUGGUUUCAUGUUUGAGAACUACCUCCAGGCCAUUAAGAAGAUGGUACGAUCUGGAAAAAGUUCCCUGGCUCAGGUAGCAAACCGACUGGAAGAGAGUCUGAACCGGCCAAUUAAACAUCAAAAAAAGAGAACUUCUAAAAAAGGAAGGACCAGGCAUACUAUUUGGAAGAUGGACAUUGCUGUGAAGUUGUGGAUCAUGUACAAAAAGAAGGAAAGGUUAAAUGCAUAGUCUACCGCCACCCUGAACCUCUUUUCUCUCAGCCAUGCAGUUCGUUUUUGAUUCGGGUGUUCCAAUACCACAGGAGGAACACACUGAUGAAGAGGAUUUCUACAACAGAACUCUGGAGGAGCGCCAUACUAGUAGAUGGGGGGCAGAUUACAACUUUUAUGGCAGUUCUACAUCAGGUCUGAAGAAAGUUGAAAAUGGAUCUGAGGGAUUAAGACCAAGGGGAAAGUCUUAGCCCAAAGGCUGAAUCAUUUAAAGACUCAAAUUUUUAAAAACAAAUUAUUUCUAAAUAAACACGACAGUGUAUCAAAGGCUCGAUUACCUUUUAGCUUCCGUUACGUCACCGUAGCUGCUGUUUUUGAAAAAAAUAGACUCAUACCCCUGUGACUUCGU